AUGAGGUGGAGGGAAGCUCUAUCCGUUCGCGCAUUACCGGUUUCGACGACUCGCUCUGGAAACGAUGGGUCACUAAAGCUCGGGAGUAUUGAUCGUGCUACAGAUGCGUGGGUAAUCAACAAAGUAAUAAAAUAUCGUGUGGCUGGUGGCCCGCGCAGGAGAGAACUACAAAUUGUCCUAAUAAGUGGGGCCAGUUCAGGAGAUCCGGUAAGAUGGCUUAAAGCAGUGUCUGUUAACAGAGUGACGGAGCUUAGUUGGAUAGGACGAUAUAUGUGCGUUUACUACCGUCGAUAUUUGACCCAACUUCCGGUGUCAUGUCCAGAUGGCUGCUACUUCAUCAUGUGUGAUACUGUCCGCACGCAUCUUGCCCAAUGCAAUGGACCGUGGCUUUUGAUUUUUUUGAACCGCGGUCUGGACCUGUUCGUUGCUAACACCCAUAGGGAUCGAUGUUUGUGCUGA